AUGAACGACAUCAAGCUGGCCCUGCUGGGAAGCCAGGGGGCUGGGAAAUCAGCUGUCCUUGUGCGCUUCCUGACCAGGCGCUUCAUCGGUGAAUAUGCCUCGGACACCAAUUCCCUGUACCAUAAAAGGCUCUCCAUCGAUGGCAGGCAGCUGAACCUGGAGGUCUUUGACCCCUGCUCUCAGAGCUCGGAGGCCAGGUGUAUUCUGGAGGAGCCGGUGGACUGGGCCGACGGCUUUGUGGUGGUCUACAACAUCAAUGAUCGCACUUCCUUCAUCGACGCCAAGGACAUCCUGCGGCAGAUUCGGGAGGAUAGAAUCGACCACUGCAAGGGGUCAAUGGAGGUUCCUGUGUGUCUGGUGGGGAACAAGCGGGACCUGUGCCACGCCCGGCAGGUACUUGAGGACGAAGGCCGCGGCCUGGCGCAGGAGAACCACUGUUACUUCCAGGAGGUGUCGGCGGCCGAGAGCUACCAGGACAUCGCCAACCUCUUCACACAGCUCAUCCGACAGGUGAUGGAGCACCUGAAGUACAGAGCUGACCGCCGACGCUACAGCGGCUCCAAGUCUAUGGCCAAACUCAUCAACAACGUGUUUGGCAAGAGGAGGAAGUCGGUGUGA